AUGCACGAAAUGCUCCCUCGGCCAGCAGAGAGAUAUCGAAAGCAAUACGUGAAGGGCAGCAUGGAAGAUGAAAGCGGUCCCAAACUAAGGUCAAUAUCUGAAAUGGCGACUGCAGAAGACUAUGUUGAUUGGUUUUUGUUUUUGUCAUCUCCAGAUGAAGCCAGUGACUCCACGUUGCAACAGCUAGCUCAUUUUAGCUGGCUGACUCCACAUCGACACGUUUACCCUAGUGUAGAUAAUCCGAAAAAAGACAUGAAACCAAAAUAUUUAUGGAUCCAAUGCAUCGUUCCAUAG